CGCGCGCUCCCAUGACCACCAGCGUUCAAGAAUGGCAAUAAAUCCUUUAACACACUUUCUUCUUCCAUUUCUCGACUCUUUGAAAACUGUAACACUAAAUUUGGUGCUGAGAAGUUUUGAUAUUGCGCGAUAUAAACACACAAAUGGAAAUCGUGACUUUCUCCCCAGAAGACGAAUCAGACCGCGAUCUCAACGCCAGCCUCUCUCUCGAUAUCAUAGCCAUUCAUGGCCUGAACGGAAACCAGCUCAAGACAUGGACGGAACCUAAAUCGAAGAAGUUAUGGCUUCGGGACUUUCUCCCCAAGGAUCUGCAAGCAGCGAGAGUGAUGGCUUUUGGGUAUAAUGCCACUGCUGCGUUUGAUAACUCGGUUGCGGGGAUUAGGGAUCAUGCGAGGGGGUUGUUGGGGGCGCUGCUGGAAAAAAGGGAUAAGAGUUUUGAAGCCAAACGUUCUCUGAUUUUCAUCGGGCAUUCAUUAGGCGGGUUGGUGAUUAAACAGGCACUCGUAAUAGCAGAGCAAGAAAUUCUAUAUAAGCAGAUCUACAACAGCACCCUUGGCGUCAUAUUUUUCGGUACCCCUCACCAAGGAAGCAGUACCGCCAAUUAUGCCACGACGAUAACUCGUAACCUCCUCAUACUCGCCAACAAACCAAAUGCCGAGCUACUGGAGUCCUUGAGAACGGGAAGUCCCGUGUUGAAGCAACUUGAUGAUGACUGGAAGACGCAUCACGAACGGAGGCCAUAUGAGAUUGCGAGCUUCUAUGAAACAAGGACAAUGAAAGGGUUAAGGGGCCUGAUUGUAGAAAAGACUUCAGCACUAUUGACACCUCCCAGCGAAGUACCUACCUACGAAGAACAGAUUCCCGUCGGCGCAACACAUACGGACAUGUGUCGAUUUGCAACACCGAAAGACAAGACUUACAAGGCUGUUGUCCAGAAGAUCAAGCGGAUACGACAGGGAUGUGAAGUCAAGGCCACGCAUGAGUUCUAUGUCGUUCCUCAUUCCGCCAGUUUGCACUUCACUGGCAGGAACGACAUACGUGAGCAGUUGAAUGACUCCUUGCUCUCUUACCGCACUUCAAAAUCCCAACAAAUAUUUGUGUUAUAUGGGCUGGGAGGGUCGGGAAAGACGCAGGUUUCCUUGAAGUUUGCCGAGGAUAAUCGAGAGGACUUCUGGGGUAUUUUCUGGAUCGAUGCGAGCAGUGAAGAGACAGCAAAGGAAGGGUUUGCGAAUCUCGCACGUGCUUGCAAACAAAAAGAGAGCGUUGAAUCGGUCAAAGCAUGGCUUUCCCGGAAAAAGCACUGGCUCCUGAUUCUAGACAACGUAGAUAAUCGAGACUUGGACGUUUCGAAAUUCUUCCCAUCUCAGGAACGGGGCGCAAUACUUAUCACGACUCGAGAUCGCGACCUGCAAAGGUAUGGAACUGGAAGUGGGAACGCAGGUUCGCACUGUGUUGACAAGCUCUGCCUUGAGGAUGCUGUGGCUCUACUUCUCAAAACGGCUGCAAUAAAGGACCUGCCAGGCGAGAAUGUAAGAAAAGUUGCUGAGCGAAUUGUCAACGACCUGGGAGGUCUUGCGCUUGCAAUUAUUCAGGCAGGGGCCGUAAUCCGUCAAGGAAUAUGCAGCCUUGAUGAAUUUUGCGAUUUAUAUUCGAAACAGAAAAGAGAAGUUUUGGAAUCGGGGAGACCCGUUUCGGGUAUCGAGUUCUACCAGUACUCCGUCUUCACG